AUGGACUUGUUUGCCAAGCACUUGCUGUCAGGCAAGACUAAAAAGGUCAAAGCUAUGGAAUCUCAGUACACUAUGGCUACUAAUAUAGAUGAGGAGGCAAACUAUGUGAAUAGUGAAGUAGUUGUUGAGGAAUCCAAAGAAAGUAUUCUAGUGGAGUCUGAGAAGCUGGAUAGUUCUGUUGAUGCUUCGGAUAAGAAAAAAGAGAAGGAAGAGAAAGAUGAACCUAUGCUCAGGAAGCAAAAGAAGAAACAAAGCCAUAAAAAAUUUCCACCACCCCCACCAGUUGAGGUGGAGGAUAUUAAGGACGCUGAAAUAGUAACAAAUUCUGAGCAGGAGGCAUCUGAACAUUUUGAAUAUGAGCAGCAUGAGUUUGAACAUGCUGAAUCUGAAGAAGAGAAACAGGAAGGGUCCAAGGAGUCUGAGUCUAAGGGAACAACAUCCGGAUCCCCAUCCACUGAACAACAAGAUGAUGAAGAGUUUCUAUCUCGGGGAAGACUUAUCAAAUAUUUGUAUAACCAAUUUGAUGCACGGGUAAAAGAUAUAUCAGGGGCUGAUCUUGAUAAAUUCAGAGCGGCAUUGGACAAGGUAAAGAUAGAUAUUGGAGUAUUGCAGUAG